UUACACCAACUUUCCUUGAGAGUGGGGGUGAAACUAGUAAAAGUUACACGGAUGGAUUGCGUGUACGUUGUUACUUGUUGCGAUCGUUAAAUACGCGUACAUAUAUAUAUAUAUAUAUAUACAUUAUCAUUUGUUAAGCAGUAACACGCUGAGAAUACAAAAUGGGAAAGGGCUUUAAUAAUUAUAUGUGUAAAAAGUUUUUCCAUCCAGCAUCUCGAGACAAUUUAAAACGAGUAUGGAUGGCCGAACAACAAGCAGAGGCUUAUAAGAAGAAGCAAGAAGAAUUACGUGUUCAGUAUGAAAAGGAACAGGAUCUCCAUAAUAACAAAGCUUUAUUAAGCAAGGAAAGCAAGGACAAGCUCAGUGUAAAUUUUAUGUACGAACCACCACCUGGAGCAAAAAAGGAGAGAGAAAAGGAAGAUAAUGAGCCAGAAUAUAAAUUCGAGUGGCAACGCAAGUACAAUGCACCGAGAGAAAGUUACUGUAAAGGGGAUAGUGAAAUAAGAGAUCAGCCAUUUGGUAUCCAAGUACGUAACGUUCGUUGUAUCAAGUGUCAUAAAUGGGGACAUAUAAAUACAGAUAAAGAGUGUCCUCUGUACAGUCAAGCAAUGAGCGUAGUGAUGGCAAAUAACUCACCAACAACAUCAGCUCCAGAUGCUUUAAUGCUGGUUCAACAAAUGAGAGAAGAUGGAUUAGCACUUAAAAAAUCUGCUCUCAGUGCUCAACAACAUUUACGAGUUCCUGAGCAUGAACAUCUUAUGGUUUCAGAUGACGAAGAACAAUCUGAAAUUACAUUUUUAAAAACCUUGUCUAAAAAGGAAAAAAAGAAGUUAUUAAUGAAGUUACAACAACUUGAGAAGAAGACCAAAAAAGCAGAAAAGAGGAAAUCAAAAGAGAAACGAAAGAAACGCAGAAAAAGUAAUAGUGAUACAGAAACUGAUAACAGUACCAGCAGCAGCAGUACUUCAAGUGCUAGUACUAACAGUGGUGACACGAACACCAUUGAUAAAAGUUUAAAUGAUUAUACGUCGGAAAAACUUGGAAACAAACAAAAAAGAAAGGGAAAAACAGAUUAUAUUUCAAAUGGUGAUUCUUCGAAUCGUUAUCACAAAAGAGAGCGAAAUAGAACAAAAGAUUUGGAAGAGGAUCAAAAGAGAAAAAGUGAAUUUAAGUACGAAAGGAAAUCCAAACAUAAGAAAACUCAUAGAAAGGAUGCGAAAGAAAAUAAAAAUAAGGAUUACGAUAUUCACAGGAAAAGGAAGUUUGUAGGGUCUAAUGAGGAUAAAAUUUAUGAAAAUCAAAACAAAAAGAAAACCAGAAAAUUUUAAAAUUAAUCGUGUCUUUACAUAUUGAAAAAAUACACGUGAGGUACAGGAACACAUUAUAUUUGGUAUUCGUAUAAAUUUCAAAGAGCAUAACAAAUAAAAUACAAUAUAUGCGCAGUGAGUCACGUACUCUGCGUUAUACUGGUGGAUAUGUGGAUAUAAAUACGAUAAGGUAACAUUAAAUUCUCAUCAUUGUAUUUCUUUUAACGCGUUUUAUAUACAGUCAAAAAUUUAGUCAAAGUAAAAGUUGAAAAUUUACAUCGUAUACAAAUAUUACAUCGUGCACGCAAAUAUUUCAUAAUAUCAUCUUGUACAAUAUGAUCUUUACAACUGUAAAAAGUUCAACAAAUACUUUUUCAAUUUUAUUUGCUAUAGUUUAACAUGACUCACUUUGCAUGUCUCUCCGAUAGAAAGCAUAAUGUAUGUAACUAUUUAAUAAAUUUCAAGUGUAUGAUUUGCCGGAAUUAAAUUUUCAUAAAUAUUCUACAUGGAAUAAGUUUGUUUAAAAAGAUUCUUUACAUAAAUGUUAUUUUAGACUUGUUAUUUCAUUUGCGGAUAACUGAUAAAUGUAAUCGGUAUCAUGAAUAUGUAACAUUAAUACCUGUGAGGGUUUCGGUUUUGAAAAAUGUUCUCAAGAGUAUAUAACUAUUUAAUAAAUACAGAAACAGAAUUUCUAUUGUAACAUUAUAUACAACGUGAAUGAUUUAAUUUAAAAAUACUGUGUGAAUUUUAAACAGUACCAUAUAGUAGAUAAACGUUCGUGUGAAAUUAAGCUUUUCGAUAUUUUUUAAUUACAGAUACCAAAACAGCAAAAUAGUUACUAAAUUAAGUUAAAUAAUGCUACUGAAUGUAUAGGCAUAUAAGUUUAAAAAUGCUUUGCUCACUUCUUUUUAAUGUUAUAUGUUUAUGAUUGAAAGACAUGUACACAGACAUAAAUUCAUUAGCAUACUGUAUUUUUAGAUAUAAAGAAGUAAGAGAGCAUUUUCGUACCUUCGUACAUUUAUCUUACAAGAUGCUAAUUUCUCACUCUUAACAUUUUACUUUUAUAACGUAACUAGCUAUUAACAAGAAUUUUACAUACUUAUUACUAUACACGCAUGGGUAGGUGGAGCGCGCAUUAAGUUUUUCUAUGGAAUAUUUAAUACUAUCCAGCUGAUAGCUGUGAACACUUGGGCAGUUAAAAUUUUUUGUAUAAUUGUCAUUUUCACAACGAUUAUAUGUAAAAAGUAGAAUCGGAUCUAAAUGAAAAUGGUGAUCUACUAUCGUAUUAUGACGUAUAACUUAAAUGCAUUGACAUCCUCCGAUGUCACUUAUAAUUAACGAAACGAUAUAUAAAUUUGUUCGAGUGAAAUAUACAUAUGAUUUAAAUAAUUGAACGAUAACAGCUUGAGAGGAACAUAAACAUGCAAAUUUUAAUCAAAGGUCGUAUAAAAUAUCUCAAUUAAUUCUAUCUUUCUCUAUUAACCAUUACUGUAAAAUAUACUUUUAAAACUUUAAUUCUAAAGUGAGAUAUCACAUACGACCAUGAAUUCUUCUAGUUUUUUUUUUUUUCUUUUUUCUCUUAUAAAACGUGCUGCCAUUUGAGACGAUUAUCACUGUACGACAACGGAAAAUCUAUCUGUCUAUAAAUCUUUCUCCGAUUCUACUAUAACAAAAGUCAAUACAUUAUUUUUGCUUGUA